AUGUCGCGCGCGGGCGUCUCUCCGCGCGUCUCUCCGUCCUCGCGCGCGACGGCGACGCGGGCGCGGCGGUGGACGUCGUCGCGGCGCGCGCGGUCGUCGCGCGCGGCGCGCUUGGCGCGAGCGAACGGUGCGAGCGAGCGAACGUCGACGACCGACGUCACGUCGCUCGCGAACGACGGCGAACACGCGCGCGCGACGAGCGAGGCGUCGACGACGGCGAACGACGACGCGUUGCUCGCGCUGCAGUGGGCGGAGGUGCGCGCGCAGGCGGCGGCGUUCGGGCGGACGACGAGGGGGCGGCGCGCGCUGCGCGCGGCGGCGCCGGCGGAGACGGCGAACGACGCGCGAUUGGCGCUCGAGCGCACGACGGCGUGCGUGGAGCGAUUCGAGAGGGAUCGUAACGAUGGAUUUGAUUUCGUGGGCGCUCGGGAUGGACGAACGGCGACGCGGGGUGCGGCGGAAGGGAAGACGCUGAGCGCCAAGGCGCUCGGAGCGCUCGGGUCGGCGGCGAGAGCGCAGCGGAGGUUAGGGGAAGAGUUACGCGCGGUCGGAGACGAGCGGUUGGGCGAUAUCGAGCGAGCGCUGUGUGCGACACCGCAAGCGGUGAUCGAGGCGAUCGAGCGAUGCUUGGCGAUCCCGGGUGGGGAGGUGCUCGACGACGCGACGCCAGCACUCAGAGCGAUUCGGGACGAGCAGCGAGCGACGAGAGACGAGCUCAGGACGCUGUUGACGGAGACGAGUCGAGAGAUGGCGAGGAAGAAACUCGCUGAGCGGGCGCAAGUGGUGACGAGAAUGGGUCGGCAGUGCAUUCCGAUGAAGCUCGGAAGCGCCGGGGAGCUUCCUGGAGUGGUUCUUGACGUCUCCGGCACUGGGAACACAGUUUUCAAAGAGCCGCAGAGCGCGGUUCCUCUGAACAACGCUCUGGCCACGCUCGCGGCGAGCGAGGAGACUGAGAUCGAGAGAAUUCUCAUGGAAAUAUCAGCCGUCGUCGGUGAGCACGCUGAGGCGUUUCUCGCGGCGAACGACGCGUUGACCGAAUUGGAUAUCGCGAGCGCUCGGGCGAAGCAUGCGCGGUGGAUUGACGGCUCCGCGCCCACCAUCGUGAGCGCCGAUCGAGGGAUAUCGAUGACUAAACUACAGCAUCCGUUGUUGCUCGAGAGUCACCUCGCGCCGCUCCCGAGGACGCCCGCCGUCGAUGCCGAAGACAUUGUCUCCGCCUUUGGCGAGCAGCCGAGCAAUUCGAACGCGGACGAAGACGCGCCAGCGCCGUCGCACUCGGCGAGUCGACACGAAGUGAGCGACAUUGUUGUGCCGAUCGACUUCAUCGUCGAUGACUCCGUGCGAUGCGUCGCCAUUACUGGUCCGAAUACGGGAGGCAAGACGGCGUCAUUGAAGGCGAUGGGCGUGGCAUGUUUGAUGGCCCGCGCGGGCAUGUACGUGCCGUGCGAGCCCGGGUGCGAAAUUCCCUUCUUCCGCGACGUCGUCGUGGAUUUGGGUGAUUCGCAGACGCUUCAGCUCGACGGUGGUUUAUCGACGUUCGGUGCGCACUUGAAGUCGCUACAGCGCAUACUCGAUGCGGCGAACGAGGAGACGUUGGUGUUGCUCGAUGAGCCAGGAAGCGGAACCGACCCUGCGGAGGGCGCGGCCCUCGCCGUUGCGGUACUUAAUAAACUCUCCCGCGAGUCACGCCUGACGGUGGCCACGUCACACUACGAAAAUGUGAAAGAGAACGCACUGGCGUCUCCCGUCGCCCAAGUCGCGGCGGUUGAGUUUGACAUGGGCACGCUUCAGCCGACUUAUCGAUUGCUCUGGGGCGAAACCGGACAGAGCAACGCACUUCACAUCGCCGCUGGACUCGGUCUUUCUCCAUCCAUAAUCGCCGAGGCGCGCGAAGCACUUGCGAAAUCAGAUGCAAGCACGGAAACGGACGCGAACGGGGCUAUCGCUCGAGAGAAACGAGCGCAACUUGCGAGCGCGCUGGAUAAGGAGUGCGAGGUACAACUGGCGAGACGCUUAGAGGCAUCGUACGGACUGAAGGAAGCACGAGCUCUCUACGAUGAGGUCAUGUCGGAAUCGGCAUAUUUAGAUCUUCGAAAACAAAUUAUGAAGGCGGAUGCCGAUGCGGCGGUCGAAUCGACGCUCGGCGAAGCUCGCGAGUUGUUCGCCGCGUGCGCGACGGUCCAGGAGGUGGACGAAGUGACUCGCGGUCAUCUUCCCAGAGGUUGGACCUUGGGCGCCAACGGCGAUGCGGUGCCAGAAGACGCGGCAGACGGCGCAUCGGCACAAUGGUUCCCCUCUGUUGGCGAGUUGGUCAUCGUCAGGAAACUCGGAACCACCGAAGCCGAGGUCAUAGACGUCUUCCCAGAGACAAAUGAAAUCACCGUCAAGUUGGGUCGCAUCUCCACUCGCGUUUCGCUCGCAUCGGGCGUAAGCAAGGUGGACGUGAGCAAGAAGAACUGGCGUUAG